CACGAUAAAUUAAUACAAAUGAAAUAGUACAAUCACACACUACUAACACCCUACUUAACCGCAAAGCCUAGUAGUAGCCUGUUAAAUAAUCAAAGUCACUAAGCCAUGAGACACAAUUCCGAACGAAGUAUACAUGGCCGACCCAGUGUAAUUCAAAGCAAGAUCCUCAGUGUUAUUUUUUGAUUUUCCGAGUCAAGUUCGCUGUUCUGUUACUCGUUAUGAACCACAGAAGUUAAUCAAUGAUCCAGGUGUGGGGAAGUGUGGUGAGACAGGCGAUGUUCAAUGAAAUGGAGCUGUAAUUAGCGGAAAAUGACCCCUGGUCAGAGUUAAGUGGGAUUCGAUUCCAAGCAAGAUGGGAUCAGAACGCCUUUAAGAAGUCUUCGAUCCUCUUCGGAGUGGCGCAUGGAGCAGUCUGGCGGUCACCUGCCUCACCUGUCCUGCCACCUGAGGAAGUUCGACGCCCCGGAAGUGGACAAGUGUGUGCGGGCGCGCGGGAGGGCCGGAAAAAGGACCUGGAUAACUUACAUUGGGGACUCAAGGAUCAGAUUUCACGUGGAGGCCUUGAUUGACCUCGUGCGUGACCUAAGGCCCAAAAUUACCACUUAUAAGGGUGAGGAGGUACCCAUACACGACUUCCUGGGAGAGAAGGGGCUGAAGGAGUGGCAGAAAUACAAACAUAACUUUCGUGUGGAGGUGGAGAGCUCAGAAGGAGGCGCGGGUCUUGUGAUAUCCUUUCUGUGGGCCUCCCUUCUCGAGAUGACUCAAACUCCGCAGAACUGGGACACGGACAGCGUGAAGGUUGGGGCCAAGGAGUAUCUACAGAGCCUGACGGAGGCACCUCAGGAAGAAGUGCCGGAUUUGUUGAUAUUAAACACCGGGGCGUGGCAAUUGUCCAUCAAACACGCGCGCACGGAGAUAGAGAUACUGGAUAAUACAGCAGUGGGUGUGAUGUCUGAGCUGCGUCCCGUGUUGACUGCCCUCUCCGCGCGCACCACUGUUGUGUGGGCCCUGCCUGACCCCUUCAAGGAAUACAUAGACCACAGUUUUAACGGUCGCGGCCACUUCACCAGACAGACGAACAGGAUGCUAGAAUGGCUCGGUAACGCCCAGACAGCCUUGCAGCCUCCGGGAGUAAUCGUGUGGGACUCCUUCCUGCCCCUCGCCCACCUCUCCGUCAUAGAUUGCAUGAACAUUAUAGGGCACGGCUUGGAUUUGCAGGCGCUUCCUCACUAUGCGGUCUUCAACACUCUCAUCUCUUGGGAGUGUUCGGAAAGGCUUCACACUGGCAUAGAGGCGCUCAGUGUGGCCGUUCAGAUGAUGUUAAACCAUAUCUGCAAUCCUUAUCUUCCAGGCCAAUACUGUUGUAAUAGAUGAUUUAAGGUUUCUUGUUAUUCUUCUUGUUUUUUGUCUUCGUUCUCAACUUCUCGUCCUCCUCUUGUUUUCUUUUCGUUCUCAUCCUCCUCUUCGUCUUCUUCCUUCUCAUCAUCCUGUUUUUUUUUUUUUUUUUUUUAUUUCUCAUCUUUCUUUCUCCGUUUGUUUUAUCUUUGUUUUCACCAUCUUCGUCCUUCUACUCCCUUUGUUAUUUUAUUUUCGUUCUCAUUUUCUUCGUCCUCUUUCUUCUUCUCCUUUUGUUUUAUCUUCGUUUUCAUCCUCCUUGUCCUCUUCCUUCUUCAUUCGUUGUUGCUUUGUAAGUUAUUUGAGUUUAUCUCGUUAUUUGCGCCUUUCAUUUCGUUCUUGUGUUCGUAAUGUUAUGUUGGUGUAAUAAACUGGUUAGUCUUUUUUUUUCUAUUUUCUUCACUUUCUUGUGUUAUACUUUUUUUUUUAAUCCUUACUGUUAUUCCUAUCCUCAUUUUUCAUUCUCGCCUUUGUCAUGUUGGUGUAGUAAAUCACUGUUAUCUUCCUCAUUAUCCUCUUUCACCUUUUUCGUCUUCAUCUUGUAGAAAGUAAUUUUCGUUCUCGUUAUCUCUCACCUUUCCCUUACUCUUCUUCGUCAUAUUGUGAGAGUAUUAUGUAUUUUUCUUCUUUCUCACUCUCAUUUCGUCCUGGUCAUGUUAUGAUAAACGAUCGUAAAGAGGAGGAUAAUAAAUAAUUUCGAAUAA